UAAAAGUUUCCUUUCGUUGACAACUGAAAUGACAUGUGGUUUUUGGUUUUCGACAAUUUGCUUUGCUUUUUUACAACAUAAAGAGUGAGCUAGAAAAUAUUAUUUAACCAGAAAUUUGUUGUGCGUCGUAUUCCCCUUCGUUAUCGCUCUUUGACCGCGACUGUACACGGAGCACGCCUUCGCUGUCUUCCCGCAACACACGCUUGUCAUCACUAGUCAUCACUUACUAUUUUUGUCGCCGAAGUGCUUCUAGCUAUAAAUUCGAAAAUUCCCUUAAUAUGUCAAGUUCAUAUGUUAUUUUAGAUGUGGCGGCGAGAGGAGUGCUAUACUGUACAGUACCGGUCCUUGCUGGAAUAUUUGUUUACAAUCGCUUGACACUGGGACGUUGCACCAGCGAGAACCAGCUCAAGGGAAAAACAGUCAUCAUCACAGGCGCGAAUUCAGGCAUUGGAUAUGAAACAGCCAAGGAACUAGCACGUCGUGGAGCCAGAGUCAUCAUUGGCUGUCGUAAUCGUUCCAGAGCAGAGAAUGCAGUGAAAAAACUUAUCAACGAAACUGGAAACACAAACAUCUGCUGGAAAGAAUUAGAUACGUCUUCAUUGAAGUCAGUUAGGGCAUUUGCCGAUGAAGUGCUUAGUUCCGAAAAGAAGAUUCACAUUCUCAUCAAUAAUGCUGGCAUACCUGGACCAAAGGAGAAAUGCAUGACGGAAGAAGGUCUAGAAGUGACGUUAGCAACAAACUACGUGGGCCACUUCCUCUUAACAAAUCUUCUGCUGCCCACGUUGGUGGAUAGCGCUCCAUCGCGGAUCAUCAACCUGUCCUCAGUGGCACACUUCUUCGGCAAGCUGAACUUCGACGAUCUUCAGAUGGAAAAAAAAUACAACGGUGACCAGGCGUACACCAACUCAAAGCUUGCUGUGGUCUUGUUUACUAAAGAGCUCUCACGCCGGCUCUCCGGAACAGGAGUUACUGUCAAUUCAGUCCAUCCAGGAGUUGUGGACACUCCAUUGGCUCACGGGGUUACUAAAGUUGGAGGAUCCGCGUUCAACUUCUUUGGAAGGUUAUUUGGUACCAAGAGUGCUGAAGAGGGCGCACAGACGUCCAUCCACGUUGCAGUGUCUGAAGAAGGUGGCCAAUUGACUGGAAAGUACUUCACCGACUGCAAGCCAAAGCUUCCAUGGGCGAUUGGGCAGAGUGAAGAGAAGGCCAGGAAACUCUGGGAAGCCACCGUCAAACUCACGGGUCUUCAAGCUGCCUUUUGAUACUCGUACAACAUAAUUUGGCCUAGUGACUUACGCGAGUGCCUUCCUUGCGUGUGUUAGGAGGACUUAGAUUGAUGGGAAUACGUACUUCUUUUGCACAUUGAUCGAGAUGUCCGUUAUGUGUCUGCCUACUGCGAGGUGCUGCACAGGAGGACCUCCUUGCACCGUGUUAUCCUGUUGCAGGAUUUACUAAUAGUCGGAGUAAUAUUUUUGUCGGGUGCGUUUUCUAGUCUUGAUAUACUUACUGUAUGCUGUACAGAUGUUUGCCAGAAGUGCCAUGCAGUUGACAAAGUCUUUAUAUACAUCAAGUUAUGCGUCAGUGCUUUCGGUGCCUUUCAUAUGCGUCACGGACAUUUAAUCUUGCAAUGCAGAACCAAGAAGUGCCUCACUGUUCCUAUAUCCAGCACUUACCUGAACUAAACAAUGCUGUAAGACCCUUAAUUUUAGCAAACCCAUAAUUAGGGUGAGCUUUAACGGCGCGCGCACUUUGUUGGUAAUUGCAAACUUUAAUUCCACAUUUGGUUACACGGCAUAGUAGUAAGCAUUUGAAGGACAAAAGUUCACGGAACACCGGGGGGGUGUCGCAGUUUUCCAUUGGAUCGACACCCUAGCAGCAAACAGGAGCGGACACACAUACUGAGAGAUAGAUAGAAUAGUCAUCAGUUUCUUAUUCAAUCUCUUCCUGGUAGUUCGCAGGUGACCGCUCAGAUGAAGAAAUACGCCAGUGCCGUGCUCCGUAAACUGUUGUCCCAAGCUGUAAGUCUGCUGCGCUGCACGGCUUCCUGCGUUCCUGUCUUCUUCGUCUUUUGACUGCGGCGUAUUGUGCAAAAAGUACGAAGACCCUAGCUGACCUGUAGCGCGAGAGGUGGUCUUUGAUCUGGACACCCUCUAAGACCCCUCACCUCCUUCAGAGAGACAGAGUGGUGCUGACAUCACUCCGUGACGUGAGGAGUCCCCCGCAUGAUUAUCCGUAGCAGACGACAGACUCCGUUGACCUCGCGCUCACGGCUGCGCGCCACGGUGAUUCUACGUCACGUGGACCUCAUUACGUCACACCAGGAGAUCGGGGCACACCUCCAAUAGUCAGCGUCCUUUAUUUGUUUUCAAUACACUUGAUCCCCCGGAAGUAUAUACACAACCACACCGUAGAGUGUACCCAGUCUAUUUACAUAGGAACUUUCCAGCCGAGGCAGCUCUUCUGAGCUAAAAGGUCUAAAAAUGGCAGUAGGAUCCCAAGCACUUUUCGGACGUUUCCCACACUUUCCUUUGAAGCACAGGGUUGAGCGCAGAAGCCACUGGACGUGUUUCUUUGCAGUCCAUAAAAUAUUUUCCAGUGGUGUGUUCCAGUUCCGGCGAAAGAGACAGAUGGAUCGAAGUCUGAGCUCCUUCUGUAGGUGACUAAAGUACAAAAUCGAUUUUUAGCUCCAACAUGCGGCUUUAUACCACAACUUUGAUACAACGUUGAACCAAACAGUAUUAAAGAAGCGGUUACAUUUGUCCCGGUCGCUUCCGAAACUGGAGCGCCUUUUUACUCCUCCAUUUACUCGUAUUUGGGGAGGACUUCUCAUUUAGUAUAUUGCGAUGCCAAUGCGAAGCAGAUGAGCUCGGAGGAAAUCGCCCGCGCUACGCUCCCAUUGGUGUGCCUGGCCUUCGUCAUCAUGAUGUUGUUAUCGCUCGGGCUUCCUUAGGUGCAAAGGCAGUGCGAAUCUUAAAAACUCGUUUAUUUAAUAUGUCAGCUGCCCUCACCACAGCUGCUGGCUAGCUUUUUCAAGGUGGGGCAGAGAGCGGAAACCGGGAAGGUGUGCGCCCUGUUGUUAGGAGACAGAGAGACAGACGCAAGAGCUCGCAGUGACGUCACUUACUCGUGGAGAAUCCGAAAUUAAGUUUUGCGGGUUGUUUCGAAAAUUCGUCGAAGCGUGUGAUGUUCACUGACGGCGCUUGUAUGUUGCUUUGUGUUCCUUUGAGCGAGGUUGAUUUAUAAUACUAAAUAAAAUGAGUAUGAUUGGUUUAAUCUGUAAUGGCAUAUCUGCUGCAAUUAUUAGUACAUCGGAAGGUGUUCGUGAUAACGGUUCCAAAACCAAAAGAAGACAGUCGUCUUAUACGUUAUACAAGUAGGUCAGCUUCUUGCGCAGCUCCCAAGCCUCCCUCUUUCGCCUAUUGCCCGCGGAGCAACUUCAUUGGUCCCUCUUCCAGAUAGGGGGGGGGGAGCUACAAUUUCAAGGUUAAAAAAGAAAAAAAAACGAAGACCAAAAGUGACACUUAUUUUACUAAACUGAUUUAACUUCGAGUUGUGUGUACUUAUACUGUUUCCUACACAUGUUACAAGAUACGCCAAAGCUCUACAUAUGAAAGGUAGAUGUGUACUAUAUGGCUAUGCGGUAUUUUCGAUGCCUUCGUUUUACAGCUUUUACACUUUGCAUGUAUAGUGGCGAAGGAGGACGACAUUAAAUCUGGUUUAUCGUUGCGAAGAUUGUA